UCAUAUCUGUUCUGUCAUCAUCCAAAGAAACACUGUCAAAAAGUGAUUUUUGUGAGUCAGUAUCAUCUUCAACCAAAUUCAAGAGUCAAGCAAUUUCAAUAAAUUCAUAUAGUCUAUGAAUCACCUUGAUUAAUAAUUUUAAAAUACCAUUUGGUAAAGAUGUCUCUGUACAAGGAAACAGUGUCAUAUCAAUCGUUUGAUGAGCAGCACUGCUUAGAUUAUGUCAUGCAAAAUUUUUUUUAUUACUUGAAAACUCAUGGAAAUAAUGAAACCAAAAUAAUGGGAGGGAGAAAAAUUACUAGCCGUAUUCCGAAGGUAUCAAGUUCUAUACACUCAUAUCUAAAUUACAGAAGAAAUAUUCAUAAUAAAUUAGCCGAGAUCAACGCUAAUGUAAGUAGUAUGAUAAUAGACAGUUUCAGAGGAAUUGACACCAUAUGUUUGAGAGUAAGGCAAUGCAUUUCCGAAAAUGAAAAUAUCUCAAGGGUCAAACCGAUUUUUGAUGACAUGCUUUGCGAAAGUGAACCCCAACAGAAAGUUGAAAAGGUGGACUCUGUAGAGAAUUUGACCAAACGAAUUGAAGAAGUAAAUUUGGCCCAAAGUAUCAGCAGAUCUGAAUAUUAUCCGAAAUUGUUAAGACCAAAAAACAAAUUGACGGCUGCCAAACUCGCGAGAAAAAUCAAAAAAAGAAAUGAGUUGCUGGAAGAAUUUCGAGAGACUAUUAUUGAGAAUAUAAAAAAUGAUGACUAUGAAAUGAUGGAGAAGAUUGUAGAAAAUUUAAAUGAAGAAAUCGAGUCUUUUACCAUCGAUACAGAAGUAGAAUGCAAUAUCAUACAUUGCAAAUCAAAACAUUUGGAACAAAAAGAAACUCAAACACAACUCGAAAUAGAGAAAUCAACUCGAAGUAAUGAAUUACUAAUGAAGUCCAACUCGACACUCAAAGUAGAAAUGCCAAAAAUGUCACCUAUGCAUACUGAAAAUUUGUCUGAAGAGAUAAGUGAUUUUUCAUUGAUGAAAAAACUACCUUUUUGUGAGAAUUCAGUAAUACCAGAAGUUUAUAGUAGACCUGGUAUUACUGACAUCAAUAAAAAACUAAUAACUCAAUUGGAGGCUAAUGAUAGCUUCAUUUGUUUUCAAAGACUAAUGGGAAAAAAUAAGAGGAAAAUGAAUAAAUUUCUGAAAAACUACCCUAAACCAGAUAUAAUUGACAUAGAUUCGGUAUCAUUUGUAGACUGCCAAGAUACUAUUUCAAAAAUAUCCUCCAGAGAAUCUUGCAGAAGCCAAAGAAAAAGUCGAAAGCCAAUGACUAAGAAGUCUACAGGAAAAAAAGAUGAUCUUGCUUUAUCUUCCUCACAAUCAAUUUCUCGAAAAUCGAUUUCGAAGCAAACAAUUUCACCGAAUUCAGUUUCUGGAAUCUCUAUUUCAAACAAACUACUAUCCAAGAAAUCAAUACUCAAAUCUGGAAUUUCCAUUUCAAACAGAUCAGUGUCUCAGAAGUCCAUAGCAAAGUCUGGAGUUUCUAUUUCAAGCAAAUCGUUGUCAAAGAAAUCCCUAGUGAAGUCUGAUGGUGGGAGUUACCGAGAGAAGAAAAUUUAUAUGAAACCUGAUCUUGGAAUAAAAUAUUCUGAUAGUUUAUGGUUUUCUGAUAGGUACAUGAAAAUAAAAAAUAAUUCGAAAAACGAAAAAAGUAGUAAGAGAGUCAGAAAAGUUUCAAGUAAACAAAGUGGAAGUCAAAUGAAAAACAGGCGGCCUAAAACUGAGCAGACACGAACAUCAAAGAAUUCCUUAGCUGAUUGUCUAAAUGAUGAUGACACAAGUAAUUCGAAAUGUGCUACAGGUUGUUUCUGUGGAAUCAGUAUCAAUAAUGACUUGCCUUCGUCGUCCAAUACUAAAUGUCGCUUGAGGUGGAUGCGUGCAAAAAGUGAUCAAACUCAAGUUCGAAAGCUAGAAUUUUUGGAUAUAUUAGAUGAUCUCACACCCAAAGACUUAUUACCUUUACAUUCUGAAUAUCCGAGAAAAGACAUUGGUCCCGAUAAUAAAAACGUUGAAGACACCUAUUUAUUUAAGCUUCUGCAAGGAAAUCAAGAUAAUGGAAUGUGGAAACAUUUGCUACAACCCAGCUUAGAAUGUACGGAUAGCAACUGUACAUGUUGUUUGCAAAAAUGUGAAAAAGCUGAAAGCAGAACACAAAACAGAACAAGUGAAUCAAAGGUAUUUUCGAGAGAAACAGCGCUAGAAAAACUCUCCCCUUACAUCCAAAAACCACAAAUCGACAAGAAAUACUUUCAGUUUGUAACCAUAUUACCUGUGAGAGUUUAUUAUGACCGUUAUAAAACAAACGAAAAGUUUCCAAAUCAAACUACUUCUAAAUCAAGUCCUAUUCGUCCUCAGAAACUGCCAUUAUUACCGAUAAAAGAAGUGAAAGGUGUGGACAGAGCAAGGUGGAUUUCUCCAAGAAGCUCAAACCCUAUGAAAGUCGUAUAUGACAAUGUCCGGAGAAAAAAUGAAACUACAUCAAUUAUUACACCAGCUAAUAAACUGAUGGUGAACAGCGCAAGGCAACAAGAAGGAAAGAUAGCCGCGAAGAAAGAAACAAGUAAAUCUUUUUCACCAAAAGGUUUUGGUCAAUACUGCUCCACAGAAAACCAGAAAAGUGUAUCAAAACAAAGUUAUGUUGCUGCUAACAAAAAACUGGAAAAAUAUAUAAAAAUACAAACAGAUAUUGAAAAAAAGUCAAAAGAUUUCCAAGAUAGAUCAUUAAUCGGGUUAGAUAAAAAGCUUUGGGCUAAUAAGUAUGGAAAAGGUGUUGGUCACCAGCUAGUGUCUUUUAUAAAAAAUCAGCCCAAUCACCCUACAAUCCCAUUACCGAGAUAUGCUAGGGUGGCUUACAAAAACAAAGAUAUACCGAGAGAAAACAUGAAUUUCCCAAGAGCUUCUAUAAAAAAUAACGUCCGACAUAAGCAAGUGCUGGCUCAUCUGCAAGGUUUGAAGGAGCAAAAUGACGAAAUACAGAAUAACUUACAGAAAGCUAUAAAUGUUAUUGAAGCAAAGAUGAUAGAUAUAUUGAAUGCACCAAAAGACUCGAGCAGCGUUGAAGCUUUUGAUGUGAUGGAAAAAGAAAUAACAAAUGUCUUGAGUAUGAUGAAAUUUAAUUCAAAAGGAAGCUCUAGGAAACAGACUCCCAAAAGUGCUGAAAGUAGUGGUCAAAAGAAACAUGACAAAUUAGAAUCUGACUUCAAUUCAUUAUCAGACCAACUAUUCAAGAAAUUGGAGAGGAUUCUUGAUUCGGAAAUAUCAAAGGGUGUAACUUCGACAAGCGAUUCCGACAAGUCCAGAAAUAAAGGGGAACAAAAUAAACCCAAAAGACAAAUACCUCUUAGUCCAAACAAAAACUCAACAGUCAACAAAUUUCGAUCUUUGUCAGCAACUAGUACAUCCCUGGAUGAAAAUGUGCAAAAAAUAUCCAACUUCAGCAAAAGACCCAAUAAAAAUAAAGGAGGGAUAGCGAGAAAAUCGAAAUUGGGUAAAGGGACACUUCCACUUAUACCCAAAAGGGAAAUUUUGGAAAAAGACAAAAAAAGUCUUCUUCAGAAACUGAGUGACGAAGAUCAUACAAUCAAUAGGAUUGAGAGAGACUAUGCAACUGGUGAAUGUUUCAGCGUUGAAAGCGCAAAAAAAGCCACCACAAAUCAUAAAACAGUGAGUCAAGAAUUUGAUGAAACAGAUAAUAGCAAAGGUGACUGCAUCAGGCAAGAUAUUUCAACAAGUAACAAUUUAUACUUGAAUUCAAAUAUAAAUUAUGGAAUUAAUCUUGUGCUCAGUGAAGACAAAUCAGACCUGAAUGAACCUACUUUUACAACGGAGAUUGUAGAACAGAUUACAGAGGAAUGCAACGCCAACACAGAGGAAUCUAUAAAUGCAGACUAUUUAAAUACAGUGGAAGAAGAAAAAAUAUCAGUUGGCUCCGAAGAAAAGUUAGAAGAAACAAUAGCAAAUAUAGAAGAUAUUAAAUUAUCUGAAGAAUGUUGUCAAAUGCAGUAUGAUGAACCAGUAAUGUUGCCAUCAGAUACUUUGGAAACUGAAACAGAAGAAACAGACCCUGGCAUACGAGAAGAAAAAGACCCCGGCAUAUCAGAAGAAGUGAACAAGAUCAUAAAAAGGGUUGAAGAUAUUUACACCCAUUUGGACGAUAUUCAAUUUUCCAAUGAUGACCAUAUACCAGUAUUUAGAGAUACAUAUGAAGUACCUAAUGUUCACAGUCAAGAAUUCCUCACACCAUUUAUGCAAGCAGUAAAAGCUAAGCGCACUAGACCUGACACACCAAGAACAGCAGCUUUGCAUAGAAGCCCGUCUUAUUACAACGUCCUGAGUUUUUUAGAUACCCUAAGCUAUAUUCAACAAGAAAAACCUUUAGAGGUACACACAACACGGUUAUGCUAUUAUUGUCUAAUCUAUCACAUUCCCGAAAUUUUUUACCAAGCGAAACUAGAAUUCCCAGCAAAUUUAAAAGAAAUUGAAAAACCAAGUUGUCUGAAAAAAAUCAGCGAUGAAAGUAAAAGUAAACAAAAAAAAGUAUCUUUUUUAGUUUUGAAAGAAAACAAGAGCUGUCAAGUCGAAAUAAGUUCACUCCAAAAUACCAAAGCACUGAAGGUAUCUUCACAACAAUUUCCACCAAUUUCAAUUCCUGAAGAAGCUGGUGAUAACCCAAAACCCACUGCAGAAAUUUCAAACGAACUUAAACUUGUAAAUAGCAAGGACCAAUUAGAACUUAGAGAAAAGAAUGUCAUUGUUCUGUGUGAAAAAAAUUAUCAAUGUGACUAUAGUUUGGAAAUCGAUCAUCACAGUUCAGAAAUCGAUCAUCACAGUUCAGAAAUCAAUCAUCACACUUCAGAAAUCAACCAUCACAGUUCAGAAAUCAACCUAGUUCCAGUACCAACAAAUUAUAUCAAAGACAUCUAUGAGAAGACAAAAUCAUCUGACAAAUUCGAAAUUGACAAGUUUACCCAAGUUUUCUGUCAAAUGCAAACAAACCAAACAGAGAAACCUAGCACAGCUGGCACAGAAAUAGUUAAUGAAAAUAAUAUAUCAGAACUAAAAUGCUGUGAGAAGUCUCAACAAGUGUCAGAAGUAUCCGACGAAAGUAAAUCCUCUGUCAGUUCUUUCACUGACCCAAUUCCCCAAAUACAAGUUUUUUACAAUCAAUCAGAUGCCAACAUUCCAAAACUGAUUUUGCAAAACCAAUCAACAGGCGAAUAUGGCCCCCAAACUAUUGUACAAGUGAAAAAUUCAAAGUUGCCAGAACCGAAACCUCAUCCAAAAAUUGUAGUUUUUAGAGAAGUUUUAGAUACAAAGCGAUUACUUCAACCGUUGAAACACCUUGACAUCAACUUCGUUAAAACAGAUUUGGAGAAACAUCAAGAUAUCAGCCAAAAAUUUGACGACGAACUAGUCGAAAGCCACAAAAGAAAAGACGAUGAUAGGGAAAUUCUGCUGAAAUCUGUUUAUGCUAUAGUGUAUAUUUUAAUGUUCACCGCGUUGAAUUUAGAAUACAGAUGUCCAUAGUAUUGUAGGAAAUGCAAACAAUAAACUGAAAAUAUGAAA